AUGGCUCCCUCAAAAAAGACAGCGUCGUCGCCCAAGACGCGGUCCUCGUCGUCUCAGGUAUCUCUUAAGAAGGUCAAGGGCGAGAACUUCUACCGCAAUGCAAAGGCUGUCGGGCGACUCAAGAUGCUCAACGGCGGCAAGGCCGUGAGGGACAAGGACGGCAAGAUCAUCCAGGCCGCAGCCUUUCAGAAGGGCGAGGACGAGACGAAGCCGGGGAGGGUGCAGCCAGACAGGCGGUGGUUUGGCAAUACGAGAGUCAUCUCACAAACUGCCUUGGACCACUUCCGCACCAGCCUCGCAUCAAAACAGCAUGAUCCGUACUCCGUUCUUCUGCGGCGGAACAAGCUGCCUAUGGCGCUACUGGACGAUGCUGCCAAUCCGAAUGUGCGCAAGCGGUCACACAUUGUCGAGACGGAGCCUUUCAAGGACACAUUUGGUCCGAAGGCUCAGCGCAAGAAGCCCACGUUGGGCGUCGGGACGUUCGAGGAGCUCAGCAAAGUGAGUACCGCAGCUGUGGACGAGGCAGCGGCAGCGGUGGAGGCAGAGGAAGCAUUAGCCAUUUUUGAGCCAACACACGCCGACAUCAUCGAGCCUAUCUACGCCAAGGGCACAUCGCGGAGGAUUUACGGCGAACUUUACAAGGUGAUCGAUUCAUCGGACGUCAUCUUGCACAUUCUCGAUGCGCGAGACCCGUUAGGCACGUUGUGCGAGUCUGUCCUAGAGUUCAUCCGCAAAGAAAAGGCACACAAGCAGGUCGUCCUCGUCAUCAACAAGUGCGACCUUGUUCCGAAUUGGGUCACGGCCCGCUACAUCCAGCACCUCACGCCCCGAUACCCUACCCUCGCGUUCCACGCAUCACCCAACCACUCAUUUGGCAAGGGCUCGCUGAUUCAGCUCCUGCGGCAGUUCUCGCAACUGCACUCCGACAAGAAGCAAAUCUCCGUCGGCUUCGUUGGCUAUCCUAACGUGGGCAAAAGCAGCGUGAUCAACACGCUCAAGAGCGGUAAGGUGUGCACCGUCGCGCCCGUGCCCGGCGAGACGAAAGUCUGGCAGUACAUCACGCUCACAAAGCGCAUCUACCUCAUCGACUGCCCGGGGAUCGUGCCGACGUCGGCGAGGGACUCGCAGACAUCGACGGUGCUCAAGGGUGUCGUGCGCGUCGAGGCGCUCGCGACGCCCUCGGAGCACAUCCCCGCGCUCAUGGCGCGCGUUAAGCCAGUAUAUCUCUCGCGCACGUACGGCGUGCCCCUGCCGGACGAGGCGGACCACACGACAGGCUGGGAGCCGGAGAAGCUCCUGGACACUCUGGCGCGCAUGAAAGGCCGCCUAUUGAAGGGUGGGGAGCCGGACAUGGAGGCGGUCGCGAAGAUUAUGCUGAGCGACUGGGUGCGCGGGCGUAUACCAUUCUUUGUGCCCCCACCUGAACGCCCUGAUGCGCUGAACGAGGCGGAGGCCAAGAAGGCCCAGCGGGCGGCCAUUGAGGCGAGAAGCAAGGGCAAGAAGGUGGCUGCGAAAGACGAGGAGAAGAAGGUACCGGGUGUGAAGCAAAACCUGGGAUCCAUCAUGCAGAAAAACACGUUUGUAGCCGAGGACAUCAGGCCGCUCGAGAUUGACGAGGAGGAAUCUGUAGCAGAAGAGGAAGAGGAGCAGGAGGAAAAUGAUGAUGACGACGCGAGUAAAGGAGAAGAAGGCAAGGAACUCACCUGGAAUGACGUCUUCAAGGGUGAUGGCAAUGCGGAAGAAGAAGUGCCUACAAUCUUCAGCAAGGUCAGCGACGACGAAGACGCUACCGUGUCGGAGCAAGACGAGCCAUCCGACGCUGAGUCAGAGGAUCAGCCAAAGAAAGACGCACGCAUGAAGACGAAUAAGCGUAAGGCGACGAACUUCUACUCGUCCGCCAACGUCAAGAACAAAAACCGCCACAAAGCGUCUCUCAUGAAGUCGCUACAAGGCGGCGACCGCGACGCGCGGAAACGUAGGAAAAAAACAUGAACGAACCCUCCACAUAUGUAAUCGCGAACGUGCAUUGUUAGCGACAUCUCUCCCUUUUGAAUUCAUUGUCUGCUACUCCG